AUGGGCAGAGUGCAGGGGGCUGAGGGGCUGGACAGGACACCAAAGGUGCUCUGGGCUGACCCCCAGCUCCGGGGGGAUUCUGAAGCCCUCAGCCCCGCUCAGCUCCGGCACCGCUCCCGAGCAUCGACACCGUCCUCCCGGAGCUCCGGCACCGCUCCCGAGCAUCGACACCGCCCGCCCGGAGCUCCGACACCGCCUCGGAGCUUCGGCACCGCCCGCCGGCAGUUCCGACACCGCCCCCGAGGACCACCGGUCCCGCCCCGAGCCCCAGCCCCGCCCACCCGGAGCCCCGGCCCCGCCCCCGAGGACCACCGGCACAGCCCGCCCGGAGCCCCGGCACCGCCCGCGAGCUCCGGCAUCGCCCGCCCGGAGUUCGGCACCGCCCGCCCGGAGCACCGCCGCCGCAUCCCCAGGGCCGACGAGGACAGAACCCGGAGCCCCGGGAGCGCCCCAGCCCCCUCAGCGCCGCCACCGGGCCGGGCCGGGGGAAGGACGGACACGGACAGAGCAUCCCCCGGGCCCAGGAGGGGCCGCCCCCGCUUCCGCACUCCCCAGGGGAGGGUGGUUGGGAAGGAGGCGGGAGCGGGGGACGGCUCCUCUGCGUCCAGUCCCGGAUCGCGGCGGGAUGUGGAGGGGGAGAGGCGGCCGGGUUACCUGGGCAGGGCCGGGGCAGCGACGGACACCGCCGGAGCAUCCCCGGGGCAAGGAGGACGGACACCGGGGCAAGGACCUCCUCGGGGCGAGAGGGCGGACACCGGGCAGGGCAUCCCUGUCCGGGCGGACGGACAUCGGCCGGAGCAUCCCCCGGGGCGAGGACGACGGGGACACCGCGCCGCCCGGACGAGACGGGCGGACACAGGCGAGCGCAUUCCCCCCGGCGAGGAAGGCUGGGAUACCGGCAGGGUGAGGAGGAUGGACACCGGAGAGCAUCCCCCGGCGGGCUAG